AAAAUGAAAAAUAAACUAUAGAUUGGCAUCACAUUGGUGACAAAAAGCCUUCUGAACUCAGCUAAGAUGCGUGAAAGAAAUAUAUUUUCGCAUGACCAGGACGAGACUAUACACUAGGGAUUUAUUAAGUUGGUAAAUUGAUACUAGUUUUAUAAAAUCGAAGUUAGUUACGAACGACUGCAAAGUAGUUUUUGGAAGAAUUUUAAAGAAUACGAUUUCCUCGUGUAGAAUAAUUGAUAAAUCAUAAAAAUGAAUGCUCUGAGGAAAAAAUUCCCUGGUUUGCAAAAAUGGGCAUACAACUUGUCUGGUUUUAAUCAGUUAGGUUUAUAUCGAGAUGAUGUUCUUCAAGACACUCCUGAUGUAGAAGAAGCCUUAAGAAGAUUACCAGCUCAUUUAAAAGAGGAUCGUGAUUUUCGUGUUAUCAGGGCUAUGCAAUUAAACUGUGCAAAUAAAAUUUUACCAAAAGAACAAUGGACUAAACUAGAAGAGGAUGUCCCUUAUCUUCAACCAUAUAUAGAAGAAGUAAGAAGGGAACGUAUAGAAAGAGAAAUAUAUGAUGCUGAGUGAAGUAUAAAAUACUAGAAUGUAAUAAUUACAGUUAGUGAAAUUAAUAUAUAUCUUAUAUAUAAUUUGUUAAAAUUUAAUCAUUCGUUUGUAUCUAUAAUUAAUAAAUAUUAAGUAAACUAUACCUUCCAGUGUAAAUAAAUGUUAUUACUACAAGCCUGACAUGUAUAAAUGUAAUGCUUACAGCACAAGAAAUACAUGUUUCCUGCAUGCAACAAUUUAAUGUACUUUGAAAUCUUUGUUUCAUCAAUGUCUUCUUUUGUUUGAAUAAAAACAUAUAUAGCUUUGAAAUUUA